AUGCAUUCCACUAGAGAACCUGACUUUGAUACGCUUCAGCUGUAUGCUGGACAUGAACUCGGACGUAGCUUGAAUGCAAGAGCCGUACCAAUUUACGCGUCCACAAGCUUCUGUUUUGAUAGCACUAUGCAUCAGUUGAUCACGGCUUGUCUCUCUGUGUAUUCUCGUAUAUCUAAUUCUACUGUCGGUGGCAUGUCCGCUCAGUUUGUUGCUCUGUUAACUCUAACUAGUGCAGGCGACAACAUCGUUUCCACUUCAUUUCUCUAUGGUGGCAAGUUUGGCAUCCAAGUCAGAUUUGUAGUUGAUAAUACUCUCGGUAUGGGUGGAUACCUCUUUCGUCCCAUUGAUUACGGCGCCGUACAAAGCGCGACAAAAUGGAUAGGUGGUCACGGAACGACAAUUGCGGGUAUCCUUGUCAACUCAGGCCACUUUGACUGGAAAGCAGCCUCAGACCGAUUUCCUAGCUUUAACACACCCUCUGAAGGAUUCCAAAAUGUAAUCUAUGCAGACCUUGGUGAUAGCAAGGCAUUUCUUCUAAAGCUCAUGCUUCGUGAGGUGGGUCCCGCGCUGAACCCCUUUGCAGCCUUUCUUCUGUUGCAAGGUGUUGAGACGCUAAGUUUACGAGCUGAGCGUCAUUGCGAGAAUGCUAUGCGGCUCGCAAAAUUCCUCGAUGCUCAUCCCAAGGUCAGCUGGGUAUCAUACCUAGGGUUGAAUUCACACCCUAGUCAUCUUCGAGCGAAAUCUUUGUUCCCCCUGGGAGGUGUCAAAGCAUCAAAGAUAUUCAUAAACAAUCUAAGAUUAGCCAGUCACUUGGCGAAUAUCGAAGAUGCGAAGACGCUUGUAAUUCAGCCGGCAGCCACGACACACAUUCAGUCAUCAGAUGAAGAACAGCUCUCGACUGGCGUUACCCGUGAUCUCAUUCGAGUGUCCGUCGGCACUGGGGCCGUCAGCGAUAUCAUCACGGAUUUCGAGGGAGCACUGAGUGUUUUGUGA